CAUCUGAAAGCUGUGUGUGCCCUUUCAAGAAAUCGAAAGAGAGCUUUUUUUUUUCCCAUUUUCUGCGAUUCAGAAUAUUUCUUCUAUAGGUCAACGUUUUUUUUUACGCAUUGAGGCUAAAAGAGAGAUGGCUGAUGAUCUGAGUUCAAGUACUGACCGUCUCGUAAAACCUGAAAGUUUAAAUUCAGAGAGAGGAUCCAAUCAAUCGAUUGAAUCUUCUGGAGAGAGUUCUAAAGCUCAAGGUUCCACAAGCCUGUCUAUGGAUGGUAAAACCGAGGAAGAUGAGGCAACAGAACAACGCGAUGUUGCUGAGGAAGAGGAACCGCUUAUCCAAUCGGUUGAAUGUCGUAUAUGCCAAGAGGAGGAUUCCGUUAAGAACCUCGAGUCCCCUUGUUCUUGUAGUGGCAGUUUGAAGUAUGCACAUCGGAAGUGUGUUCAACGUUGGUGUAAUGAGAAAGGCGACACAACCUGUGAAAUAUGCCACAAGUGUUAUCAACCUGGAUACACCGCUCCUCCUCCUCCUCCUGCUGAUGAUACCAUAAUUGAUAUCGGUGAAGAUUGGGCCAAUGGUGUUCCCUUAGAUUUGAAUGAUCCACGCAUUUUGGCAAUGGCGGCUGCAGAACGCCAUUUCUUUGAUGCUGACUAUGACGAAUAUGCGGAUUCUAACUCGAGCGGAGCUGCAUUUUGUCGCUCCGCUGCUCUUAUUUUAAUGGCGCUUUUACUGUUACGGCACGCUCUGAACCUUACAAACAACAACUCAGAUGACGAAGAAGACGAUCCAUCAGCUUUCUUCUUUCUUUUCAUGCUUCGUGCCGCGGGUUUUCUACUCCCUUGUUACAUCAUGGCAUGGGCUAUUAGUAUUUUGCAACGUCGCAGACAAAGACAGGAAGCUGCUGCUCUGGCAGCUGCAGAAGUAGCGUUUAUGUUACAUAGCGGCGCGGGUGGGGGAGGACAACGCAGAGGAGGUUUGCACUUUACUGUACCACCAGAGCUUAUAUCUAAUCCACACCACCAACCUGAAGCUUCACCGUAAUGAUUAUAUUCCCGAGAUCACCGGUAAAGAGAAAUCAAUCAUCAUCCACGACGUUUGUUUCUCUCUCUCUAUCUGUGUAGUAGCUUGUGUGUUUGUGUUACCGUGUUGUUUUCAUCAAACACACAAAACUGAGAUUAUAAAACACGGCAAGUUUCUUUGUCUAUCUUCUUACGGACGAGAAAAGAAAGAUUGUUCACCUAAUGAAUUUAUGAUUAUGCU